AUGGCAGAAACUAGGUCCUUUAUUAGAAACUUGGAGAUUCAGGUAGGUCAGCUGAGCAAGAGGAUCCCAGAGAUCCCCUCCAACACUCUUUCCAGCAACACUGAGGUGAAUCCAAAGGAAGAGUGCAAGGCUCUCACUAUAGAGGCUAAAACCGAACCCAAAGAGAAGCUUGCUACUGAGGAACUGAAGGAAAUUAGGACUCAAGUGGAGACUAGGAGUGUCCCCAUGAAUGCCCCUAUGAAGAUGGAGGAACCUGAAGAGCACCCCCAUCCGGACGUGCAAGGGGAAUCUAAGGAAGAGCAACUUGCUCGGUUCUUACAUUGGCAAUCCUCAGGAAGCUGCAAGUCAAUAUCUUUUACAGAGGCAUUAGAGAUGAAACCCCCCUAUAUGGCCUAUUUAAAAAAUACCAUCUCUGAGAAGACGGCCCUGAAGGGAGAUGAGAUGGUGAUACUAACCAAGGAGUGCAGUGCCUUGGUCCAGAAGAAGCUGCCUCCGAAGAUGCCAGACCCUAGAAGCUUUUUUAUUCCCUGUGCUAUAGGAACCAUCACUUUUGAGAAGGCAUUGUGCGACCUAGGAUCAAGCAUCAACCUCAUGCCUCUCUCUGUGAUGAAGAAGCUAGGGAUCCAAGAGGUGCUGCCAACCAGAAUCUCAUUGGGGAUGGCAGAUAUCUCCAUGAAAUGGGCAGAUGGCGUGGUGGAAGACAUUCUUGUAAAGGUUGAAGACCUUUAUCUCCCUGCAAACUUUGUGAUACUAGACAUUGGGGAGGACAAGGACGACUCCAUCAUCCUUGGAAGGCCUUUUCUUGCUACUGCAAAGGCCUUGAUCGAUGUGGAAAAAGGAGAGUUAGUCCUGAGGUUGAAUGAGGAUCAUAUUCUAUUUAAGAUCCCAAAUCCUUACUCUUCCUUAGAUAAAGGAGUAGAGAGCAUUACAGAGCACCCUGACAUCAGACCUAAAUUUGGUAUUAAGCAGCCAUCACCAUCUACUGAAGAAAGAGGUACGAAGAAGAAAGUACCCAAGGGCUGGAGGAACAAGAAGAUUCCAACUAAAGACUUCUCACCUAGCAUGAGAGUUGUCUUCACUAAGAGCCCAGUCAUUCCACACACAGUGAGCCAGAUCCUAUUUCUGGAACAUGUUGAGUUAAUCCAUGAGAGCAUAGGAAGAAAGUUCACCAUAAGGGAUGAAGAUCUGAUCCCCUACCAACCUCCAUAA